AUGGAAAUGGUGAAGAAUGAGGUUGAUGAGAUGAGUGGGGGCCACAUGUCUGGGAACCUUGAAAAAAACAAUGGAUUUAAGGAUAGGGGCUAUACGAAGGUGAAGAAGGAAGAGGAGGGACAGGUCCUUGCGGAGAAACAGGAAUUUACUAUUUUUAUCCUUUACUAUUUUAUCCUUUUUGGAUUUACUAUUUUAUCCUUUCGAAUUUACUAUUUUAUCCUUUUUGGAUGUAUGGAUGGUAUGUUUCUGACUGCAAUGGCAUAUGACCGAUUUGUGGCCAUCUGUCAUCCUCUACACUACUCAGUCAUCAUGAACCCACACCUCUGUGGCUUCUUAGUUUUGGUGUCCUUUUGUGUUAGCCUUUUGGACUCCCAGUUGCACAAUUUAAUCGUGUUGCAACUUACCUGUUUCAAGGAUGUGGAAAUUUCUAAUUUCUUCUGUGACCCUUCUCAACUCCUCAACCUUGCCUGCUCUGACACUUUCACCAAUAACGUAGUCAUGUAUUUUGUUGGUGUCAUCUCUGGCUUUCUCCCUAUCUCAGCGAUCUUUUUCUCUUACUAUAAAAUUGUUUCUUCCAUUCUGAGAAUCCCAUCAACAGGUGGGAAGUACAAAGCCUUCUCCACCUGUGGCUCUCACCUGUCAGUUGUUUGCUUAUUUUAUGGAACGGCUAUUGGAGUAUAACUUGGAUCAGCACUGUUGCCUUCUCCCAGGAAGGAUGUGGUGGCCUCAGUUGUGUACACUGUAGUCACCCCCAUGCUGAACCCCUUCAUUUACAGCUUGAGGAACAGGGACAUCAAGAGUGCCCUAUGGAGGUCACUCAGAAGACUAGGUUAA